AUGGGGGAUGCUGUGAUGGCAGAGUUUGGACCUGCAGCUUCUUAUCUGCGAAAAUCAGAUAAGGAACGUCUGGAGGCCCAGACACGAAUAUUUGACAUGAAGAGGGAAUGUUUUGUUCCUGACCCAGAAGUUGAGUAUGUCAAAGCUACAGUUUCAAGUCGUGAUGGAGACCAAGUCACCGUCAAUACUGAAUUUGGAAAGGUAUUCAGUGACUUUAUCGCCCUCCCGGCUGACGAUGGAAGCCUUCACAUAUUCCUCAUCAGGAUCGGGAACAAAACAUUCCUUCUUCAUGUCAAAAAUGCGGGUCUGGGCCUCCAGACGCUCCCGCUGGUGUCAAAUGGGAGCGAGAGAUUCCACAAGCCCGCUAAAGAGCAAGUGAAGAUAACUUUGACCCCACAGCUUCUGCACCUGCUUCUUGCCUCCCUUCAUGGCGAUCUGCUCAGCUUCAUCCAGACGGUGCUGCAGGUCUUUGAUGGUCUGCUCCAUGUUCUUCUUCAUGCGCUCCAGGAGCUGCACCCUCUCACUAACAUCCAGCAGCUCUUGCUCAGCAAGUUUGCGACUGCGUUCAGUUUGCUCCAGAGCCCCUCUCAGCUCCUCCACUUCAGCCUGAAGAAGGUUGUUGCGUCUCUCCACGAUGGCGACGUUCUCUUUAAGAUCAUCGUUGGCUCGCAGAGAAUCAUCAAGCUGGAGCUGAGCAUCCUGAUAGACAAACCAGAAUAA